AUAUUUAUGAUAUUGUGUGUCUUGUAAAAAGAAAUCAAUAUCACAGCGUUUCAAAGCUCAAGCAAUAUGAGACUCUCCAGUACUUGUGGGGCAUAAACACAUUGUCGUAGAAUAUCAGAGGAUAAUUCUUUCUUUAAAAUAGAUUUUUUUUUGAAAUUGUAUUGGAAUGUUUUUAGCUGGUACUUCUGUCAUCCUUGGACACUAACAGGAACUAUGAAAUAUUGUUCCCCAAGUGAGAUUGUUUAUGGAUUAACUUCAAAGGAUUUGGAAUUCUCUACUCCCACAAAUUCACUCCAGUAUUACUGUACAGAUGUUAAAAAUGGAUUAAAUGCGAAUGAAUAUGACAGAAUUGCUGAAGAAACAUUGGAAUCCUUACUGGAGUUAAUUGAAAGUUUUGAAGAUAUAGAAAACUGUCCAGAAGGAUUUGACGUCUCUUAUUCUAAUGGAGUCCUCUCUAUAUAUCUUGCGGAUAAUGGUACCUAUGUCCUAAACAAACAGUCACCUAAUCAACAGAUUUGGCUUUCUUCACCAAUCAGUGGACCGAAACGCUAUGAUUUUAUAGGAAACAAAUGGAUUUAUAAACGUGAUGGAACCAGUUUGCAUAACUUACUGCAAAAAGAGAUGACAGUAAUAUUGAAAACAGAUAUUUCUUUUAUGGACUGUGCUUUUUAUUGAAGGUUAUUCUUAUUUUCUUUUGAUAAAUCUAAGAUAAAAUUAAUUUAUUUUAAAGAAAUUGAAUGUAUGCAUGAUGUACAAUAAAGUUUUUAAUAUAUAUAA